AUAUUCAUAUACGUAUAAGCUUUUUCCAUACUUAAUACUGUCUCUGGCUGGAUACGUUAGAGAUUGAGAUAUGGGUUGUGUGUGCUAUCUUGUGGUGCCAUGUUGCGACCUUCCUCUCACUACUUGCCCCUUCUUUUCUAAGCCUUCACCCCCAUCUCCUCUUCUGCAACUCCCAACCAAAUUCUCCAUUUCUUUUUCUACCUCUUCUCCUUUUGUUGCUUCAGCAGCUUCUGGUUCUUCUUCCUCAUUAGAUGACAAACCAAAGCUCCGCAAACCGCCUUCUCCUCCCCAUUCUAUUACAUUGAGAAGCAUAUAUGAGAGCUGUUGCACCUGGCAAUGGAGGGGAUGUUACACCAUCAAUUUCUCAAAGAUUGGCAAUGGGAAUGGAGCUCCUCUCCUUCUUGUUCACGGUUUUGGGGCCUCUGUUGGCCACUGGCGCAGGAAUAUGGGAGUUUUGGCUGAGAGUUAUACAGUUUUUGCUAUUGAUUUGUUGGGAUUUGGAGCGUCAGAAAAGCCGGCGGGCUUUGCUUACACAAUGGAAGCAUGGGCUGAGUUGAUUCUGGAUUUCAUGGAUGAAGUCAUUGGGAUGCCAACCGUGCUCAUUGGAAACUCUGUAGGCAGCCUGGCCUGUGUCAUUGCUGCUUCAGAAUCAAGGAAGGGUUUGGUUCGGGCACUCGUGUUACUUAACUGUGCAGGAGGCAUGAACAACAAGGCAAUUGUUGAUGAUUGGAGGAUCAAGAUUUUGCUUCCGUUACUUUGGCUAUUCGAUUUCUUGCUCAAGCAGCGGGGUAUUGCAUCCGCAUUGUUUGAGCGUGUCAAAGAAAGAGAGAAUCUGAGGAACAUCCUGUUAUCAGUAUAUGGGAACAAAGAAUCUGUUGAUGAUGAAUUGGUGGAGAUAAUCAAAGGACCAGCGGACGAUGAUGGAGCUCUUGAUGCUUUUGUGUCCAUUGUGACUGGCCCACCAGGGCCAAACCCCAUUUCCUUGAUGCCAAGAAUUUCAGUGCCUGUCCUGGUUUUAUGGGGUGAUCAAGACCCAUUCACCCCUCUUGAUGGACCUGUGGGCAAGUAUUUCUCUGUUCUCCCUUCACGGUUGUCAAAUGUUAGCGUAUGUGUCGUCGAAGGAGUUGGCCACUGUCCACAUGAUGACAGACCUGAUUUGGUCCAUGAGAAGCUGCUUCCUUGGUUGGCCUGUCUUCAGGUUCCAUGACUAAAUUCCGUGCACUGGGUAGAUGGAUUCUUCAAUGGUCCAAUAAUCUUCAUAGCUAUGAUCCUCUUCCAAGUCAGAGAAUAGAUUUCCUUAAAAGAUUCUCAAAUCUUUAUGCCUUGAAACCGAGGGAAUUUAAGAGGGCAUUGCUGGCAUGCUCUUCUGGUGAUUACAAAAUCAUUUCCUGGGUAACUUCAACGACUGUUAAUGUGGUGGAUUAAGUGAGAGUCAUGGAAUGUAUGGUUUGCAUCCCAUGAAGAUGAUCAUUCCUUGGGCUUAGUGAAGUCAUGUUUGUCACCUCACUAAGAAUUGGGUGCUCUUCCUAUCUUUCCCACACAGGAAAUGAGAGGCGAAAAAAGGAAGAAAAUAUAAAAGAAAUAAAGAAUGGUAUAUAGAUCGGUAUUCGCCAUCUUGAAACAUUUUGCAGAAGAGAGAGCUUUUUGUGUGUUAAAGUAUAUAUCAUUUGAGGCAUAUUCUAUGAUUGUGAUUAGGAAUUACUAGUUUGUUCUUAGAGUUAUCUUUAUGUAGUUUUUCAAACGGUUGGUUCUUGUGAAAAUCUAGCUUGCUACCUUUGUUAUGUAGGGAGAAUUUUACUUCACAA